GGAUACGGUGAAGUUCCAACGAAUCAUGAGGUAUGCACUCCAUGGGCACCAUCAGGAAGUGCAGAAGGUGGUUGAUAACGCCAGCCACAAUUGGGCUAAGUUCAGGGAAGGGAUGCAGAGAAAAUACAGACUGGGCGACAUCUUGCUGACCACGACAGAUCUAGAGGCCAUGAACAAAGAUGAUUUCACCACCAUUGGAGCCUUCUUGCAGGAGUUCAAGAAAAGGGCGAGGAAAGUUCAUGGGAUAUCAGAGGAGGCACAGUGCGCCAUCUUCCUGGAGCUGCUCACCUCGUCAGAGGCCUCUAAGCUAACGAGCCAUGGGGGAGGAAACGCGAAACUCACCUGGGCUACCAUCGACAAAGGGGUGGAGGAUGGAAGCCUAGAACAGGUGGAGCUGCACCAGGUGCGUCUGCAAAGGCAGAAAAGGAAAGAGAGGGACGCCUCCGCGUUUGGGACACCGGGGGUGAAAAAGAUUAUCACCGACGUACUAACGGAGUUAGACUCGGUAAUACAAAGGAAGGUGAUAACGGCAAUCCAAGGGAAGGCCAAGGAGGCCGUGGCAGAGGAGGCGGCCCAGGAAGGAUGGAAAGAAGAGGAGUCGGUACCUCCGCACCUCACGAAGGUGCAGCGCAAGCAGCGCAACCUAGCACAAGGGGGGCAAGGUUUUGGGAAGGGGCAGAGGUACCCCAAGCAGUAGCAGCUGCCUCCCCACGUACGUCGGCACCUUCGAGUAGU